AUGUCCCACCCCCUCGGCACCUUUACCGCCCACCAUCCAUUAAACUGGUCCCCAGCCCAAAUCGACACCCUCACCGAAUUCCAAUUCUCGCACCCUAUCUUCCUUUCCUACGUCCGCAAGCAGCAGCAGCAGCAGCAGCAGCAGCAGCAACUCCACGGCGGCGCCAGCGGCGGCGGCGCCACGAAGAAGGCCAUCGACUUCACCGACCUCACAAUCCCUCCCGCGCUCUUGCACGACUUGGGCUUCACCCUUCUCACGGCGACGACGACCAAUUUCGUCGGCGAGCGCAUCUUGCCGAUUGUGGAGACGGGGGUGAGAGAUGUGCUGGGUAGGAUGUGGCGGGAGACGUCGGGGAUGAUUCGGGCGUCGAGCCAAGGACCGCGGACUGCGCAGCAGAUGGCCAAGAAGGAAGAAGCAGCCGACGAUCAUUUCACUCUAUCCAGUGCGCGGGACUAUACCAUGGGCAAUUACUACGGCGGCAAGACGGACGGCAGCGGUGGCGGUGGUGGAGCGGACAAAUUGUGGUUUGCUGGCUAUGGUCACGGCAAGGUCGGCGAGAGCUCGCGACAGCUUCGAUCGAGUGGGUCGGCGAAAGAAGAGGCUUAUACGUUGUGGCAGGCUCAGGCGAAGGGGAAUGGGAUGGAAGAGAAAGGAGAGAAGAAGGGAAAGAUGGAAGAGAAAGGAGAGAAGAAGGGAAAGGUGGAGGAGGAGGAAGAAGUGGAAGAAGAAGAGGCGCUGCUGGCGGAGAAUCUGGCAGAGAAUGCGGCUUUGGAUCAGCAGUUGAGCGAGAUGGUUGCCCGACCGGACGGAGUUGUCUUAGGGGAUUGGGUUAAGAUUAUGGAAAAUGAUGAUGAUGAUGAUGAUGAUGAUUACAAUGAUGAUGAUGAUGGUGCUGUUGAUGGUGCUGAUCGUUCUACUGCUGCUGCUAGUGCUGAUGCUGGAGCAGUUUCUAUUGCUCUUGCUGUUGCUGUUGCUGGACCUGGACCUGGACUUGUUGGAGCGCGAUGUAAUUCAAAGCAUGUGCCUGAAGUCAGAUGGCUGGGGCGGCAAGUGCGUGAACCAAUAGCCAAGGCAGGUGCUCGAUGCACACGCUGGGCAGGAGCAAGACCAAGCAGCUGGGGCAAAUGCACGAUGCGAGCUGACCAAGACCUCGAGGGGAAAACUGGCAGGAGAGCGACAUUUGAACCGACACUAAGAACGGCACUGAGAGUGGAAGGAGGAGCAGGAGCAGGAGCAGGGACAGAGGCAGGAGCAGGGACAAAGGCAAGAGCAGGAGCGAGGGCAAGAGCGAGAGCAAGCACGAACGCAAAAGCUGAGGCAGGAGCACGAUGCAAACCUUAG